AUAUGCAUGAAGCGAUCUGAUUGUGACGUCGAAGGGUUCCAAAAUAUUCGCACGAAGACGAGCCGUUUCAUCCGAUGGGCAGACCUGUACCCAAUACGAGCUCCCCUCCAGACCGGCGAUCUCCAGGAAAUAAGUAAAACAGCGCUCUCAGAACCUCGGUGUGCAGUGCAGUGAAAGUCUCCCAAGCUCAUUUUCUACAAGACUCACUUGCCCCGAAGAGACUGAUCCAGAUCUCCGCCCAAGCUCGUCAGGCAGAGAGGCAGUACUGGUGAAGCAUCCCAAAGAGGUCGAGACUGAUUACACCGAGAUUUCCACGCCGCAGUCAUGCCUACCAGAACGAAAGGGGCCGAGUCGAGGGGGAUGCCUCAUCGAGUUCUGAAGACUAUUUCGUCGGUCAUCGGUGUGCUUAGAAACCAAAUUAGUUCGUUCCGAGAGGGCUUGGUCCUCGAAAGAGGAAGGCUCAAGUACUUCCGAGAAGCCCUCGAUAUGGAGGAGUUCCCCCUGGUGGUCGAACACGCGAAACGUAUCUCGAACGAGAAUCUGUUCUCGACUAUACCAGAGAUCGAGUACAUGGAAAAGUCGGCCCUUAGACGAGAUUUCGUUGAGCUCAUCGUUCAAUUUAUCAUGAUCAUGCAAAUCUGUGAGCGCUACGGUCCGUCGAGUUCCGAAUACGGAGAGCUCAGUCCUCGAAACGUAUGGAUUUUCGCAAGUUGCCGAUCCUUGACGGAAAUGGCCUACUUGCGCUCGCGUCUCUCUUUCGUGGACCCGGCGAGCUUUUUGAGGGAGCACAUUAAUUUGACCCUGGUGCGAACAGUCGAAUCGGCCGUUUCGAGAAAGAUACCGCCCUGGGAGGGGAUGCUGCUGCUCUGCAAGGAAGCAGGACCGGGCUGUGUGUAUCGCUUGCUGCCAUGCGUCUUCAUCACACUCCUGAACGAACCGAAGGAUGUGCCCGCCACGGCGGCGAGUCUCUUUCUCAGCAUCAUCGCGGAAGCCAUAUAUACCUUAAGUAAACAUUUCGGCAACUACACGUGCAAGAUCGAAGAGAAGAUCUUAGUGAAGCUUCUAGAUAUGGGAGCGUCGCCCAUGGUCACUUUGGAUUCCCAUUACACUCUAUUCCGGAGGAUCGAGAAAUCCUUGGAGAUGAAAGGAACACCGCGAUGGAUCUUGGAUGAGGUACGCCCGAACUCGCAAAACGCCGAGCCCAGGCCGACAGUGCUCAACAGACUCAUGACGCAUCGAUGGAGUGACUCCUUCACGAACAAACUCAAGGCAUACGCCUGUUGCAGUCUCGGCGCGACGGAUGUUUCGCGACAAAAUUUCGGCUCGAAGCUUUCCAGGCUCGAAUGUCUUGCAGCGAGAUGUGUCCCACGGGAACAGAUGGACGCUCUACCGCCCGCUUUCAAAUUCUUUGUGACAAAACACCUACCGCUUCCGAUAGGAAGUACUCGUACCUAUUUCGCAUGAAACAUUAAGACAACUAAACUUAAAGAUAUGGAGAAUUCUUGUGGGAAACUGCGGCUUAUCUUGCAGAGUAUCGUAAAUGAAAAACAAAACCUUGU